CACAGAAUCAGGCGAUGGUCACCCUCCUUCGAUUAUUAGUCUGAACCUAUCGGAGCCUAUCGUUCUUCAAUAUCGGGUCCUAUCAUAUAAAAUAUUGAUUAAAUUUACGCAAAUACAAAAUUUUCUUGUUCCGAUGCAAAAGACCAUACCAAAUCAUCACUUAUCAGUUAAUUUGUGACUAUCCGGUUGAAAAGUGAAAACGCCUACUAAAGAGAAACUUAAACCUAUUGAAAGCGAGUAAAGGGACGAUCAAACAUUACAUCUUGUGUCCAUUGAGAUCGCUUAAUACUUUUGCAAAUGCUUUACAGGUAAACCAUAAAAAUCCAUUGUGAAAAUUUGUGGGGGUGGUGGUGGAUACUUAAUAGGAGAUAGACGUAGUAAAGAGAGCGGCGAAAAGAGUGAGCAGCGAAAGAGCGUGUAUUUGAUGUGUACUCAAAAGAGGCCGAAAAGAGCGCACUAAUACACACACAUACGGAACAAGGACGAUAAAGAGGUAGAGCUUUCUCUGGAAACUAGGAUAAAGUGUUUGCCCAAUAUGAACCCGGCGGUUGAUGCGUGGGCGGUGACCCCGAGGGAGCGUUUGAAGUACCAGGAACAGUUCAAGGCACUCCAGCCGCAGGCAGGAUUCGUUACCGGCGCUCAGGCCAAAGGAUUCUUUCUGCAGUCUCAGCUGCCGCCACUGAUCCUUGGCCAAAUCUGGGCUCUGGCGGACACCGAUUCCGACGGCAAGAUGAACAUCAAUGAGUUCAGCAUAGCUUGCAAGCUUAUCAACCUCAAGCUGCGCGGCAUGGACGUGCCCAAGGUCCUGCCUCCCAGCUUACUGACGUCCCUUUCCGGCGAUGCCCAGAACACUCCCUCGUUGACGCCACGUGGCUCCACAAGCUCCAUGAGCCCUUUGGAUCCACUCAAGGGAAUGGGUCCGGCAGUCGCCACAGUUGUUCCCGCUCCUGUUGUGGCUCCUCCGGUGGCUGCGGCUGCUGUCAUCUCACCACCCGGAGUCUCAGUGCCUCCUGGCCCCACACCACCCUCCAGCAAUCCACCUAGUCGCCACAUGUCCAUUUCGGAGCGGGCGCCCUCCAUCGAGUCUGUAAACCAAGGAGAAUGGGCCGUUCAAGCUGGGCAGAAGCGCAAAUACACGCAGGUGUUCAAUGCCAAUGAUCGCACCCGAUCUGGUUACUUAACUGGAUCCCAGGCACGCGGCGUUCUUGUACAGAGCAAGCUACCUCAGGUCACGCUGGCCCAAAUCUGGACGCUGUCUGACAUCGACGGCGAUGGACGGUUGAACUGCGACGAGUUUAUUCUUGCUAUGUUUCUGUGCGAGAAAGCCAUGGCUGGUGAGAAAAUUCCGGUUACCCUUCCCCAAGACUGGGUACCGCCGAACUUGCGCAAGAUAAAAUCGCGGCCGGGAUCGGUCUCUGGAAUGGUGUCCCGUCCUGGCUCACAGCCGGCCUCCCGACACGCAUCUGUGUCGUCCCAGGGCGGAGUGGGAGUCGUCGAUGCUGACCCGACAGCCGGACUACCUGGACAAACUUCCUUCGAAGACAAGCGUAAGGAGAACUAUGUUAAGGGUCAAGCUGAGUUGGAUCGUAGGCGCAAAAUCAUGGAGGACCAGCAGCGUAAGGAGCGGGAAGAAAGAGAGCGAAAGGAGCGUGAAGAGGCUGAUAAGCGUGAAAAGGCUCGUUUGGAGGCUGAGCGUAAGCAGCAGGAGGAACUGGAGCGACAGCUUCAACGCCAGCGAGAAAUUGAGAUGGAGAAGGAGGAGCAGCGCAAGCGGGAACUGGAGGCUAAGGAGGCGGCCAGAAAGGAGCUGGAGAAGCAGCGCCAGCAGGAAUGGGAGCAGGCUAGAAUUGCUGAAAUGAACGCACAGAAGGAGAAGGAACAAGAGCGUGUUCUUAAGCAGAAGGCACACAACACCCAGCUAAAUGUGGAGCUGAGCACACUAAAUGAAAAAAUCAAAGAACUUUCGCAGAGAAUUUGCGACACUCGCGCUGGCGUGACAAACGUAAAGACAGUAAUCGACGGGAUGCGCACCCAGCGCGACACUUCCAUGUCUGAAAUGUCGCAGCUAAAAGCACGCAUUAAGGAGCAGAACGCCAAACUGCUUCAACUCACCCAGGAGAGGGCAAAGUGGGAUGCCAAGAGCAAGGCCAGCGGUGCUGCCUUGGGAGGGGAGAAUGCGCAGCAGGAGCAACUGAAUGCAGCAUUCGCCCACAAGCAGUUAAUUAUCAAGCAAAUAAAGGACAAAGUCGAGAAUAUAAGUAAAGAGAUUGAGUCAAAGAAGGAGGACAUCAACACUAAUGAUGAACAGAUGUCUGAGCUCAAGGCCGAGCUUUCCGCCCUAAUCACAAAGUGCGAAGAUCUCUACAAGGAAUACGAUGUGCAGCGCACCUCAGUGCUGGAAUUGAAGUACAAUAAAAAGAACGAGAGCAGCGUAACCUCUGCCUGGGACACAGGCACUUCCAGUGCUUGGGGGGAAACGGAUACGACAGCAGGCGACCCUUAUGCAGUGGUGAGCAAUGACAUCUCCGCACUGGCAGCUCCAGAUGUGGACUUAAGUGGACCGGCCCCAGAGGGAUUCGUGAAAUAUCAAGCAGUAUACGAGUUCAACGCUCGCAACGCCGAAGAGAUUACUUUCGUGCCUGGUGACAUUAUUUUGGUUCCAUUGGAGCAGAACGCUGAGCCGGGCUGGUUGGCUGGCGAGAUAAAUGGCCACACCGGCUGGUUCCCUGAAUCCUAUGUGGAGAAACUAGAAGUCGGUGAAGUUGCUCCUGUAGCCGCUGUCGAACCCCCGGUUGAUGCUCAAGGGGCUACCGUGGCUGACACCUACAAUGACAAUAUCAAUACCACCUCGGUUUCAGCAGGUUCCGUAGAUCCGACUGCCACAGGCGAUGUCGAGUAUUACAUAGCCGCAUAUCCUUAUGAGUCCGCCGAGGAGGGCGAUUUGAGCUUUGGUGCCGGUGAGAUGGUCAUGGUCAUCAAGAAGGAGGGCGAGUGGUGGACAGGUACCAUUGGUAAUCGCACGGGCAUGUUCCCCUCAAACUAUGUCCAGAAGGCAGACGUGGGCACAGCGAGCACAGCCGCUGCAGAACCGGUAGAAUCUAUAGACCAGGAGACGACGCUAAACGGUAACGCUGCCUACACCGCUGCUCCCGUGGAGGUACAUGAGCAGCUUUACCAGCCGCUGCCUGUUCAGGAGCCCAGCGAGCAGCCGAUUUCAAGCCCAGGCGUUGGCGCUGAGGAUGCGCACGAAGAUCUCGACACUGAAGUUUCCCAGAUCAAUACACAGUCCAAAACACAAAGCAGCGAGCCUGCCGAGAGCUACAGCCGACCCAUGUCACGCACCUCUUCCAUGACACCCGGAAUGAGGGCCAAGCGGUCUGAGAUUGCACAAGUAAUCGCACCCUAUGAGGCAACCAGCACAGAACAGCUUUCCCUGACGAGAGGCCAGUUAAUAAUGAUCCGCAAGAAGACGGACUCCGGCUGGUGGGAAGGUGAGUUGCAAGCAAAGGGCCGCCGGCGGCAGAUCGGAUGGUUCCCAGCCACCUAUGUAAAAGUUCUCCAAGGCGGCCGCAACAGCGGUCGAAAUACUCCAGUUUCCGGAAGUCGUAUAGAGAUGACUGAGCAAAUCCUGGACAAGGUCAUUGCUCUCUAUCCGUACAAAGCACAAAAUGAUGACGAGCUGUCGUUUGAUAAAGACGAUAUCAUUAGCGUUCUGGGUCGGGAUGAGCCAGAGUGGUGGCGUGGCGAGCUGAAUGGCCUUUCCGGUCUUUUCCCAAGCAAUUAUGUGGGACCAUUCGUGACGUCCGGAAACGUAUAACGAGGCCUCGGUUUUGGCCUCUAAGCGGCGGCAAGCACUUGCUUACAAAAAUACCGAUAAAGAACCUACAUGAUCCCUUGGGAAUUGGGUUAACUUAAGAUCAGCAGCAUCAAUAUCCUCCGUAACUACCUAGCCGGAAUUCGUACAGUAUUUUAGAAAGCCUUAGAAGUUGGCUUCUUUCAUUGUUCAACCUGAAAGAUUAUUCAUAAUGUUUAUCCUAUUCGGAGUAAAAUUCCCUUAACUUGAUAGAAUUAGUAACCAGAUCUCCUCUGAAAUCAUUUAUAGAAUCCUUUCACGUUCGUAACAAAUCAAACGUAAAAUACAACCGAAUUCUAGUAAAUCACAUUUUAAAGGGUUUAUAUAAUAAUCUGCAUAUGGAAACUAGAUAUACAUAAGGAUAUCAAAUGAUACUUGGAAUUUCGUUGUAUGUAGUUGUGUUUAUCGAUCAAAUCCCGAAUAUUCAGCAGUUUUUUUUCUCCGAAUGCUAUACAAAUACGCAAAUAGUAUCUAUAACGAUGGUUUUCUGUGUUUUCAUAUAUUAUCCGAAUGUAAUUGUAUAUACUUAAAGUAUUAAUACCAAAAGAGGGAGUUAAUAUAAUUGUUAACUAAAUAUUAAGCAUGAUGACCAUUUACUUAUAUCAUUAUAAAGACAUCAAGAUUAAUGGAAAAAACGGGAAAUAUAUUUGUAAUAGCUUAACUUCAGUUUAAAUUUUAAAAUAACAUACUUGAUUUAAUGACUAAGUUAAGUGCUUGUCUCAACUGCCAUAACUGUAUUAAUUAACCGUGUGUUGUCUCAUUGAUAAAUGUUACAUUUGUUUGCAAUGUAAAAGUUAAGUAUGUACAAAAUCCACACAUAGUUCUUUCAACCCGAUGGGAUUGAUAGUCGGAUAUUAUAGAGAGUCACGUUAUGCUGUUCGAAUUAUUCUAUGCUAGUUACAUUUAGUCUAUUUAACAAAUCACCCACAUGUAUCUAAGCUAUCCCGUACAUAUGAAGAAAUACUAUCGAAUGCCUUUCAAAAAUGAUAACCAAACAGUCACCAUACAUGGACUAACUUAAUCGUAACUUGUUAUUGCAUACCACGACUACUUAUGCGUCUAUAACUAUAUUAAAUGAAAACAGAGUAAAGAAUCGUUAUGAGCCCCGCACGGCUGCGAUCAGUUGGUGCCAUAAUCCCAACUGAUCGGCGGCUGGGUGGGGAACUUCUACAGGCAUAAACACAUUUUUAUGUAGAAAAUGUUGGGUUGUUUAAUUCCACAUAUAUAUUGUACUAAUAACUUUGAAUGAACCACAAAGGAAUCAUAUACAGCAUAUAUACAGAAAAUACUACAAUUUCUUUAGAAAAAUCAAAGCAAAAAUGUUAAUUGAGAUAUUCGUACAUUCCGCGUCCCGCAUAUACACUCCUGCAUACAUAUAAUGCUCAUACAUAUAAGGGUAUUUGUUUAAUCGUUACUAAAGUUUGUUAUUGUAAACAAUGCUUAAGCGGAAUUACUGACGAGGCGCAAUCCCGAUCAAAUACAUCAGCACACUCACCUACACUAGGAAUCACUUUAAACGCGAAAUGGUGACCAUCGAUAUAUUUACCUAUAUACAAGCUGAGCUGUGGAGAACUUAAAGAAAUCUUCUACAGACACACAAUGCAUUCGAGUAAAUAUAACGUGAAUUCUUCUAGAAAAACAAAACAAAAAAAUACCAUAAAGCAUUGAAAGAUAUCAGUUUCAAAGAUACACAAAAAUAAAAUGAAAGGAGCAAAAAUAUUAAAUUAAAAUAUGAAAAUAACAAAUUACACAU